AUGGGACGAGGGCUUCGAGAGAGGAUGAAGAGAGCGAUCUUCAGCUCUCGCCCUCGCCUAUCGAGCCAUACUUCGCCCAGGCUGGCGGAACGUCUCGAGGAGGCAAAGCAGCACACCACUUCCUGUCCAUUACCGCAUAAACCUCAGCACCAGCAUCAGCAGAACCACCACCAGUAUCAACCCCAGAUGCACCAACCGGCCCCUCCAGCAACGAAGAAGUCGUUCCGCAUAAGCAUCAUCAAGACAUUGUCUCGACGGACAUCGAACCGGAAAAGCAGGAUAGAGGAACCCUGGCCGAAGAUCGAGCUAUACAAGCCUCACGAGAUCCCCCGUCCAAAGUACCGCGGGCCGGUCGACAAGAAGCAUCUAGCAGUGCUCGAGGCGUACUCGAUCGUAAAGGCAACGGAGAGCCACAGGCGACAGUCCAUUGACUCGUCCGUCUGUCCGCUGGCGACCGGUUUGCCAUCGAGACAAGACAGCGUCACAAGCAUCAGCGAAACGGUGAUAGUGAGACGUCCUGGCGAUGUCGAGGAUGAAGCUGGUAAAGGUGAAGUUGAGGUGGAGGUUGACCGCGAGCGAGAAGAUGUAAACAUCAGCAACGCCAACUGCGACUCCUUGCAAGACGAGGAGGACUCGAACACCACGUCGAUAGCGAGCUCUGACGAAGGUGCAAAUGUCAGCUCCUCUACUCUUCUUACAUCGAAUACCGAGGACGAGCAUCUACUGCAUCUUCAGCUGCAUCUGAACCAGCGGCAGCGUUCGUCAGUGACGAGACUGAAGCGGACGACGGCGUUUACAGCAGCAGACCUGCACCACGCAUUGAAUUACAUUUGA